AUGGCUUCUCCUGAAGCCUCGGCCGUCAACGCGACGGGAACUACCCCAACUCCGCUCCCAGAUGCCAAACCACAUACUUUCCACUGGGAGAUGUUCCUCAGACCAGAAGUGCUCUGGUUUGACGCUCAGGUUAUCUUCGGCGCCUUGACCGUAAUAUGGCUUGGUGCUCAUGGGUCUCUCCGCCGACCUCCCUCUGCUGCCCCAGCAGAGUCCGAAGACAAGGACAAGAAGAAGAAGUCAAAGGAAGACGAGCAGUUCACUGAAGGAUUGACCGCCUCUGAUGCCAUAAUGUUCCCCAUCCUGGCUGGUGCUGUUCUCAUUGGGCUCUACUAUCUGUUAGAAUGGCUCAAGGACCCCAAUCUGCUGAACAAGAUUCUUCGCGGCUAUAUGUCCGUCGCUGGAGUUGCCGGCCUCGGAAAGCUGUCCGGGGACGCCUUGGAGAUUAUGACCAGCAUAAUCUUCCCAAGCGUAUGGUCAGAUCGCAGUAACAAGCUCUACUACAUCGAUCCAGAACGCCGCUCUCAGGUCCUGGUUGACCCUACGACGAACCAGGCCAUGAUCACCGAGAAGAGGUCGCCCUUGCCCGGUGUUCUUUCCAUGGUACCGCUGCCUACCGGCAUCAACACACUUGCCUGGGAGAUUCGACACCUCUUUACGGAAAAAUGGACAGUCCGUCUUGCGGCUCAUGGCUUCGGCUCUCUCAAGUCCCAGAUCAAGUUCAACCAUAUCCUGGGAUUCUUGGUCUCGAUCGGGAUAACCACCGCUUAUCACCUUAUGGAGUGGCAUGUCCUUUCCAACAUUCUUGGGUCUGCCAUGUGCUACGCUGCCUUCGGCAUGCUCUCGCCCACGUCUUUUGGUAUAGGUACCUCUGUCCUUUGGGGUCUCUUCUUUUAUGAUAUCGUAAUGGUGUUCUACACUCCAUUCAUGAUUACCGUUGCCAAGAAGGUCGACGCUCCAAUCAAGCUCGUCUUCAGAAGCUCUUCCGGCUUCAGCAUGCUCGGACUCGGAGACAUUGUCGUGCCUGGCUUGCUCAUGGCGCUUGCCCUUCGCUUCGACUUGUACAUGUUCUACAAGAGACAAAUCCAGUAUCAACCUAUCGAAGCUUCAGCUGGAAAAAACUCCCCAUCCACGGAUCAAGAAGUUACCACGACGACUGAGAUGCAGUUCAAGAGAACCAAAACACCAUUCGUGGAAUCUGAAGGCCAAUGGGGCAACCGCUUCUGGACAACGAAACUGGGCAACCUGAUGCCAAACCCAGCAUGUGGCGCGGUCAGAGCCGCAACCGCUUUUCCCAAGCCCUACUUUUACGUGUCGGUAGCGGGUUAUGCCUUGGGCAUGGUUUUAACCUUGACGAUGCUUCAGGUGUUCAACCACGGACAGCCCGCAUUGCUAUACCUAGUCCCUUGCGUCACCGGGUCAGUGUGGCUGACUGGUCUGGUCCGUGGGGAGCUUAAGGAUGUGUGGGGCUACACGGAGGAUGGGAGCUUGGACACGAAGGACGUCGUUGUCACAUUGGAUGCCAAUGGAGAUGAAGUUAGGAAGCCAGUCACAGACAAGGAUGAAAAGGAAUCGAAGGAUGGUGCUAAGAUCGAGAAGGAGGCGGAGACGAAGGAAGAGGAGAUACCCGAAGAGUAUGAUGUUGUGCUUUUCUCGAUCAAGGCUCCCAGGCCUAAGCCUCCGAAGACAGAUUAG